AUGGCGAAGAAGAAACAGAAGACCAUCGAAGAUACGUUGGGCCGUCCGCGGACCCGGUCCCUCGUCAGGGCGCCGAGAAUCCGCAAGGCCCGCUCUCCUUUACGGGGUUCUGUAUCUAGUCCGGCUCGCAGAACGAGCCCGCCUCCUUCCUUUUUGCCUGCGUCACAGGGAAAUAAUCGGACCUCCCAAAAGAGAGUGCUGCUCACUGAUUCCUCUGACGAAAAAUCUGGAAGCGACGCGAGCGUGCCUGCCACUAAGAUGUUUUCAACUAAAAAAUCGUCAACCAAAAAGCCUGCAGCCAAAAAGCGUCGGCUCCCCAGUUCUGAUUCAGACGACUCGUCGACCAACCUCCGUAACGCAAAACAGGCGAAGAAUUCUAGCUCUGCUAGAAAAAAGAUCGAUCGCCAUGAGGACAGCCGCAUGGCUCAAGAGAGCGACGAGGAGGAGGAUGAUUCGCCCCGCAUCACACCGAAGAAAACGCAGGACGAUUCGCCGCGUCCCACGCCUAGGCCAAAACGUAAGGGCGGCCUCCUUGCGAGCAAGCGCGGCGACAAUUCCGAGUCGCCCGACGAGGACGACGAUGACGCUCCGCCUGUGAGGCGUCGCCGGCUCGUCAAGAGGAGCGCCCUCUCGGAUACUGCCGAGGACAAAGAGCAGACGACCCCAGGCCCGAAGGUUAGGCGCAUCAAGCCAACCAAGAAGAAGGGCAGGACGCCGAAGCAGAAGGCCCGCGAGCUUCGUCGUCGCAAGCGCGCUGGAGAGGCCGUUAAUGAGGAUGAUGAGGACAGUGACGAGGAGGAAGGGUCCUCGGAGGGCGAUGGAGCGCUUUACGAUAGCAAUGAUGACUUCCUCGCCCUUAAGGAGUUCGAGGAUGAAGAGCCGGACGAAGCGCCGCCUGUCCGGAAGAGCACGGCCAAGACCAAGGGCAAAGGCAAGGCCCGGGCUGACGACGAUAAGCAAGCCGGCAAUGACGAUAGCGAUGAGGAGGAUUCGGAUAGCGACGCUAACUUCAUCGACGAUGACGAAGAAGGCCUUCUGGGGGAGCCCGACCACUUCCACCUAAUGCCGCUUGAAUUCACGGCCAACGCCCACAAGCCUUUUAAGGACCUGUUCCGCGAUGUCAUAGAGUGGCUCGUGCAGUUCAAGGUCAACCCCGGCUUUCCGAACAGAGAAGACAAAAUGUAUCGGAUAGCAUGGAAGAAGCUGGAUAACGAAGUUGGGGGCCUCGCAGAUUCCAAGUACUCGUCCUCUUCUUGGCGCCAACCCUUUUACAAGGCCCUCCUGGCGCGGCCCUACUUUACUAGCGUGGAUCUGCCAGCGGGAGCUUCGAUCGACGGGGAAGACUGUGGUGCCUGCGGCCGUUCCGGGCAUCCGGCCAAACACAACAUUACUUUCAGCGGCAGCGCCUACUAUAAGGAUACUAGUAACCUCGCGCGAUUCCUGAAUCCUGUCGAGCCCGGCUCGGGCUCUACCAAUAACUCCGACUCCGACGACGAGGACGAACGUGGACUCAAGAUCGCUCCCCAGACCACCUCGUGGAACGUUGGGGUCACCUGCAACGCGAACGCGGAGAUGGCCCACCAGCUCACCCACUGGAAGAUGGCGCUGCUCGACUGGGUGGAUGCCCGCCUGAUCCGGGACGGCUACAUGAAAGCGGAGAAGCUGGUCGAGCGCAACGUCAUGACCCCGAUGCAGCGCGGCCGGCUGGUCGACAAGAUCAUGGCCGAUUGGGUGAAGAGCGGCGACGUCUAUGACCUGUACCGCAACCAUAAAGGCACCCUGGAGAAGGCCAGGAAUAUGAAAGUCGAUGGCAGGCGUCGUCGCUGA